AUGCCAAACGAAGGUGCUAAUACAUCCGACCACUCUGCGCACAUCCGUGAAUUGAAGCAAAAACGGCGGAUUUUCAAAAGCCAGUUAACAAUGUUCGGAAAAUGGGUAGAAGCAUACGACGACUCCGCGAAGGAACGAGUCAAACUGCGCGAUCGUAUAGAUAGGUUGCGUAAUCAAUUCAACACUUUCAAUCUCAUUCAAGAUGAAUUGUGUUUGCUCGAAAACUUCGAAGAAGCGGAAACCGAACGUGAAGCGACCAUCGAAACCUACGAUGACGUCAUGUCCAUAGCGGUGGUAUUACUGGAACAAGUUGAGGCGCGCACGGUACAGCCAACUAUCGCGAGUAAUAAUUCACCGGCGUCGUCGUCAUCGCAGUCAUCGCCAUACGCGUUAUCGGUGAAAUUGCCAAAAAUCGAUCUACCAAAAUUCGACGGUCGCAUCGAAACGUGGAUAACGGUCAAGGACGCGUUUCAUACCCUUAUUCAUACGCAACCAGGAUUAAGUAAAAUUCAGAAGCUUCAUUAUUUGCGUCUGUCGUUAUCCGGGAAAGCCGAAGCCGCGGUCAGAGCUUUCAGCAUCACGGAAGAUAAUUACGAAGCCGCAUGGAAUCAUAUCAAUGAAAUUUAUGAUAAUAAACGCGCGCUUGUAUUGCGACACACCGCUCUUUUACUCUACACCCCCGCGAUGCCGGACGAUUCAUCGGAGUCGAUACGCGACUUAGCGAAUCAUAUGCAAUUACACCUUCGUUCUUUGCAAGCGCUCGGUCGAUCAUCAGAUGAUAUCGCCAACGAUCUUCUGACGAGCAUCCUCAUCUCGAGGAUGGCAAUCGACACGAGAAAAUCGUGGGAGCGCACCUUAUCCGAUACAGAGGUGCCGAAGAUCGACGAUCUAUUCAAAUUCUUGAAUAACGCGUCGCAUCAGUCUAAAGAUUACGACGCGAAUCCAAAAUUCCGACCGACUGUGGCGCGAACUCAUAAUUAUGGUCUGCGAACCCAACCGCCGCCACAGAAACGACAGGUGUACGUAACGAACACCUCGCGAAACGCGUCAACGCCGCCGUCAUCUCCGCGCACUCAACGCCGAUCAACGCCGUCGUCGCGAGGAGAAACGAAGAGGACAGGAUACACCACAGCGAAAUGUCCGGUCUGCGAGGGAACACACCCUGUGUACCAAUGUCCGCCAUUUUUCGAGUUGACGGUAUCGCGACGUAUCGAAGCCGCUCGCAAGGCACAUCUAUGCCUUAAUUGUUUGCAAUCAGAUCAUCGGGCGGAAGAUUGCAAGGCCGGAAAAUGCCGUGUGUGCAACCAGCAGCACAAUACGAAACUGCACCAGGAGCCGCACCCGGCAACAGAUUCCUGA